CCCAUUUCUAGCGUAGAACCGAAAAUUGACGUCCCCAUCAUCAUGAUCGUGUCUUAACUGUUCCAGCGUAUUCACAGCCUCGGAAGCGUAGUUGGGCAUCACGCAGUUCUACCCCCAAAUUCUCCUACUCCUCCCUAAUCUGCGGCCGGAACCGCCGUCCUGCCACCUAACAACGAACUGAACGUCAGCUUCAUCACUAAGAGCUGCCGAGCUGCGUAUAAUUCUAUUACCCGCCGAGAAGCGGAGAAGAGCAAAGUAAAGCGACAGACCGGUUCGGGAAUCGAUUUUAGAGUGGGAGUUACAGCUGAAGACGACAACCUGCUCAACAAGAUGCCGAAGCCGACAAAGUGCUGAACAAUACUAGGGUUGAAGACUAGAGGAAUAGAGUUUUGGCUCAUGAGUUAACAAGACGGAUAAUGAGGGAACUAUAGGCUGCUGGUGUAUGGUGCAAAACAAGUAGCUCGUGAGUGUUUCUUACUACAGAUAAAAAGAAAGAAAAAAGAAACGUUGGGCAGGACUGUGACAGAACUUGAAUACAUUUACUUAUUCUGCAGAUGAGGAUAUGUUAUUGCAGCAUUUUCUUUUUUGCAUUCACAUGUAUGAUUGGAAUGCUUGAUGGUAGUGCCGGUGACAUUGAUCCAUCAUAUAGGACUUGUUUGGGAGAAUGUGAAAAGACUGGAUGUGCUGCGGGAAGAUGUUUUCCAAACUGCAAAAUGUAUUCUGACAGUUCUUCCACCAGAGGCAUGGCCCUGAACAUUCAAAAAGGUCUCUAUGAGUGGUGGAAACAAUUGGACUGCAAAAGUGAUUGCAUGUAUCACUGUAUGACUAAGAGAGAAAAGGAAAGAGGGUCACUUGGUCUUGGACCAGUGAAAUAUCAUGGAAAGUGGCCUUUCAUACGUCUCUUUGGGCUUCAGGAGGCUGCAUCUGUUGUUCUCUCGCUACUCAACCUUGCAAUUCAUUUCCAUGGUUGGUUGUCCUUUUACAUGCUUGUUAAGUACAAGUUGCCAUCUAAAGCAGACAGGAGACCAUACUAUGAUUACACUGGCCUGUGGCUCAUAUUUGGCCUGCUGUCUAUGAACUCAUGGUUUUGGAGUUCUGUUUUCCACAGUAGGGAUGUUGAUAUUACAGAAAAGUUUGACUACUCAUCUGCGAUAGCCUUGCUCGGCUAUUCUCUUAUUCUGGCUAUCUUAAGAAGUUUCAGUGUGAGGGAUGAGGCUACCAGAGUGAUGAUUUCUGCCCCCAUUCUUGCUUUUAUAACAACCCACAUACUUUACCUGAACAAUUAUAAAAUGGACUACGGUUGGAACAUGGUGGUGUGUGUUGUGAUGGCCGUAGCUCAACUUGUCAUUUGGGCAGUUUGGGCUGGAGUGAGCCAUCAUCCUUCUCGAUUGAAAUUGUUGUUCGUCGUGGUUGGGGGUGGCCUUGCAAUGCUUCUAGAGAUCUAUGAUUUUCCUCCAUAUAAAGGACUUGUGGAUGCACAUGCCCUUUGGCAUGCCACCACAGUCCCCCUCACUUACAUAUGGUGGAGUUUCAUCAAGGAUGAUGCGAAGUUCCGAACAUCUAGCCUGCUCAAGAAGCUAAAAAAGUAGUAAUCCUUCAUGAUCAAUGCUCCAACAGGUCGAGCAUUCGUUUGCGCCAUAAUUUGUAUUCAAAUUUCGAGUUUCCCCUGAUGGCCUGAUGUGUUUUGUCAGUGGAGGAUAUGGGUGUUUUUCAUUUUCUUGUAUGUGUAGAAAAAUGGAUACUUGUUUUGAAUUUUGAUAGCAUAUGCCUAAUUUAUUUACGACCAAGAUUUGUGUCCCUUGCAUCAACCCAAAAGCACCUUAUAGGCUUAUAGCGGACAAACCGAAGUAUUUGUGUUCUCAGUUAUUUGACAGACAACUUGGAGUGUACACCAUAUAUGUACAAAAAGUGUCAACCAACGUCAUGUAAGCAAAAAGAGAACAAAUACGGAUGGGUCCAAAAGUUUGUUCAAAUCUUGUACUCGUACGUGUUUCAUAACAAAUGAAAACCAUAAUAUUCUAUUCCCCUAUCACUCAUAUAUUCCCACUUUCCUUUUUU